AUGCAUUCACGAAAACCAUUUUUAGGACUAACAUUUUGCUGCACGGGAGUUGAAACAACUACGAGAAACGAAAUCAUGAGGAUAAUUGAGUCAAUGGGCGGUGUACAGCAUCUAGAUCUCAUGACCGAUGUACAGUACCUUAUUGUGGGAAAUAGGAAAACUCAAAAAUACCAAUUCUGUAUCAAGAACCGACUAGAUAUAAAGUAUUUAACGAAGGAUGCCGUAUUCAAAAUCCACGAGCAAUGGCUAAUAGGUGAUGACGACGUGGAAAAGUUACUAGAUGAACACAAGCUACCCAUAUUUAGCGAAAUCAGUGUUUGUUUCUCACGGGUGGAAAUGUCUCAGUCUCAUAUCAAGCACCUACUAAAUUCCAGUUUCAGGCGUACUAGAGAAGAGCAAUUUUCUGAAAGGCUGCUCCUAAGACAAUUUACCCAGAAUGGAGGCGUGGCAAAAGACUCUCUACUGAACCAUCAAGAUUGCAUGAUCAGUGCUGAUCCUAGGGGUACGAGGUACAACAAGGCAAAGGAAUGGGGCAUUCCUGUGAUACACCCUGUUUGGAUCAUUGAUAGCAUAAUACGAGGUGCAGCUUUGGACUACAAUGAUUAUUUAUUGACGAAUGAUAUGGAGGAGCUGUACGAGAACGGUUGUAAUGUUUGGCUGAAAUUGGCCAGUGAAGAAAAAAGACCGGCGACCAGGCAGUCAAUCAGGCAGCCCAUAGAGGGACCAAAGAAACUUAAUCGUGGGAAGAAGACGGAAAUAUGGAAUUCAAUUAUGGAUCACACAAAUUAUGAUAGAAAGGGAUUGAUGGCAGAUAAAACUUGGGAUGAAGAAAGUGAUUCCGAGAACAACGAGGAGAUCGAAAUUGUCAAGCCGGUUGAGACGAAGGGCAGAAGCAGCUUGUUUCUAGGAUUCAAGUUUCUUUUGGUUGGAUUCACAGCCAGGGAGUCUGAUUUGUUAAGCGGUGGAAUUGAAGCGUUUCAAGGAGAGAUUACAGCAGAUAUUAAUGACACAACCAUGACACAUAUCAUUGCCCCAGCGAAUAAAGGAAGUGACGCAUCUAAUUUGUUACGUACUAUACCCAAUGGGAUCAGACUGAUGGUCACGAGUGGCGAUAUCAAGGUAGUGACUGAAUUUUUUAUUGAAAGGUGCAUCUUUUACAAAAAGGUGGUGUUGGACAGGUGGGGACAACCCAUCAAAGGAUUGAUAAAUUCGUCAAGAAAAUUCAAAGUGUCGACAUCAGGUUUCACCGGCAUUGAGUUGUUGCAUAUAGAAAAGUUGACCAAGUUUCUAAACUUUGAAUACUGUGAAUCAUUUUCGGAGCAGCGAGAUUUGUUAAUUCUCAACAUCAACUUAUUCAAGGAGAGCUUUAUGAAGAAUUUGCCAAAAUUGUUUCAGUACCCACACAAGGAUAUCCUCAAUUGUCCCACGUAUCAAUCGGGCCAAUCUUCAGUAUCACUUUUAUCAGCAAAGAACAAGAUCGACGCUGCAAAGAAGUGGAAUAUACCUGUAGUAUCAAUUGCUUACUUGUGGGAGAUAUUUGAAAAAUCACAGUACAAAUCUAUGUUAAUAGUUCCUGAGUUGAACGAUCCUCAAUGGUGUAUUCAUGCUCCCAUCAAUUACAUCCGGCCAAAGUCAUUGAUUGAGUAUAUAAAGAGUAUGGGCGAGACAACGUCGAUCAGAAACAGUGGGGACAAAAAUAAAGAGAAUUCGGAUGCCGUAAAACUACCGUCUCCGAGAAAGGUUAGACCAAAGCAGAAAUAUGGUAAAUUAAUGGGAAGUGUGUCGCCACUGUCAAUGAGGAGCAAGCUAAUGGAUGUGGCAAAGAGUUCAAUGACAUCAAGAUCAACCAUUGUUAUGGACGAUGAGAAAGAUGAAGGAGAAGGUACCGAUGUACCAGAAACCGAAUUAAAUUGUGACGUCACAAACGACGAAGAUAUGUCCUCUCAAGUUAGAUAUGAGGAUGUCGAGUCAAUGAUGAAUCAAGAGCGCCUAUUGAAGAAGUUGGAGGAAGAGUCGCCCCAGUAUAGACGAGAGUUGACUGCAAAUGGUAGCACAGCCAAACGACGCAAGACAAAAGGGUAA